UCUUACAUCAGCAACUGAGCUGUGAUUUCUUGUGGCUUGCGGCAAUUGUUUUGUACCAAUAUCAUCAACAGUGCUUCAGCUCAUGCAAAUGCGAAGAAUUGAAGAAUGACAAGAAAACGGUCGAUGAUCUUUUCGCUGCUUUUAGCAGUUCUUUUGUUCACAGACUUAUCUUGUGGAAGGCCUUCAAAAGGUUGUAUAAAUCAAGUUCGCAGUCUAAAAUCGCAUCAAAAGAGUAUUGACUCUCACAUUCCCCACCCAACUGAGACGGAAGCUGCUCGAAAGAAGUCAUCCGUAAAUGAGGACUGUGAGGAAGAUGAGGAAAGUGGAGCUUCUCCCAUAAAAGAAAAAACUAAAAUCAAAAGCCUUCAAACAAGCAUUCACAAGAACCUUUUGAAGCUCUUUCAUAAGCUUAAAAGCGCUAAGCCUGGCAGUGUGAUGCCUGAUCGUAAAGAGUUUACGAAUUUUCAGAUAAAGCCAAACCCAGAUAAGGUGGACGAUACAGGGGUGUCGACAGGUGUUCCAUUAAGCAAGGUUCGAGACGGAAUUAAGAAUGUAAGUCAAUUUCAAGAUUUCAAUACUACCUCGGCUCUUAAAGCAAUUGACAAGUUGGUCAGCGGAGUUCUUCCAAACGUAACAGCAGCAGCUGCAAAGAAAUUAUCCAGUAACGACACUCAACUUGGGGAUUCCGAAGGUGGAAGUGGUUCAGCAAUGGAUCCAAAAGAAAAUGACCAAGGUAAAACAGAUCCCUAUGCGGCUAUUGCUGCUGGACCAGACCAUCCUAAGCUCCCUCCGGAUUUAAAGAUUGCUCCAGGCGGUGCCGAAGGAGAAGCACCCCCUGUUGUUCCUGUCGGUUUGUCAGACGAUAGUAAAGGUGGCGAUGGUAACAAGAGCCCUGAUGAGCCCAGCGAAGCCCCAAGUCAAGGAGAUGACAAAGACAAUGAGGAGCCUGACAACCCGAUGGUGAAACAAAUGCAGCAACAAGCUAUGCAAGUCAUACAAGAACAGAUGCAGAACCAAUUUAAGGCUGCUAUGCAGACAGCAAAAGGAAUGCCGGGGAUGGGAGGAAUGGGUGGAAUGGGAGGAAUGGGAGGCAUGGGAGGAAUGGGAAGCAUGGGUGGUAUGCAAGGCAUGGGAGGAAUGAGCGACGGAAUGGAUAGCAUGGGCGGCAUGGGUGGUAUGGGAGGUAUGGGAGGCAUGGGAGGCAUGGGCGGCAUGGGUGGCAUGGGUGGUAUGGAUGGUAUGGGUGGAGGAAUGGGAGGAAUGGCUGGCUUUGGUGGACUGGGAGAAAUGGGAAUGGCCGGAAUGUAUGGCAACCGCAUGGCAGAUAUGGGAGAUAUGGAAAAUGCUGGCGAUGCAUUCCAACGAGACAAUCUAAGAGGAAACGAUGAAUACUUUAAUGGAGUAAAUGGUUAUUAUGCGAGAGGAUUUGGAGAAGAACUCAGGGAACCUAUGGGUCCCAUGGGGCCUAUGGGACCCAUGCCUAUGAUUGAUGAACCUGCAGUUGGACGGGACAAAGUACCAUUAGGAUACGAAGACCGACCCAGGAUGCCUUAUUUUCGUCCUUUUCGGAGACAUCAUUACUUCGACAACGAGGAAGAUUUUGAUGAUGAGGGAUUCGACAAUGAUGUCGACGAAGAUGAACCUUAUUUUGUUCCCGCUAGAGAACAUGCUGCUCUUGAAGAGCCAGUGGAAGAAGGUCCUGAGAGUGAUAUCGACGAAGGGUACGAUGCUCCUCAUGAUAGAAAAGCUAAAAUAGCAAAGGUUGAAAAACCUGACAAGAAAGGAAAACAAAAGCACGACAGUCAUAAGCUCAACAAAGGACACAAAGAUCAAUCAACCCUGGCAUCAAAGAAGGACAUAACCAUGAAACGGGAAAAAACAUCAGGUGUGAGUACUGGGCCAGCAACUCCCGAGAUGUUUUACAAUUCUGCCAUGAAACAAAUUCAGGACCAGGCCAUGGCGGGUAUUGAAAAGCAGAUGCAAAACCAAUUCAGCGCCGCUUGGAAAAACGCGCACGGAAUGGGAGGAAAGCCAAAUAUGGGAGGAGGAGGGGGAGGAAUGGGUCGCAUGGCUGCAAUGAACGGAAUGGGAGGAAUGGGAGGAAUGGGAGGAAUGGGAGGAAUGGGUGGAAUGGGAAGAAUGGGAGGAAUGAACAAAAUGGCGAGUAUGCAAAACAUGCAAGGUAGCAUGGGACCAAUGCAAGGUAUGCCAGGAGGUAUGGGCCCAAUGCAGGAUAUGCCGCAAGGCUUAGGAGGUAUGGGACCUUUCAAUGACAUGCCAGGAGACCUGGGAGGCGCAGGACCCAUGAACGACAUGCCAGGAGGUAUGGGCGACAUGAACGCAAUGGGUAACAUGGAUGGUGCUGGAGGAAUGGCUGGAAUGGGAGGAACACCUAGUAUGGAAGGAAUGGGUGGUGGAAUGAUGGGUGGUGGAUUGGACAAUGGAAUGAACGGAUUCGGUGGAAUGGAUGGUAUUAAUGGCUUCACUGGGAUGAAUAACCCAGGCAUCACAACCAUGGGGGACGCACCUGGUGGCCUAUUUAGAAGAGAGUUUCAACGUAAAUUAGCAGAAAAGGACAAUCAUCACAAGAAAGCUAGAAUAAAUAAGUCUAAGAAAAGUGCUAGAAAAGCAAAAGAGAAAUCGCAUUAAGAAGAGUUAUUUCCAAUAGUUCUUUUAAGCAUGUGUUUAAAAUGCCUGUUUUAUACGGGCGCCCAUAGAACAAAAAUAAUUUAAAGGGUUCAAAAUUUGUAAAAUGUGUCAAGCAUUUUGUUUUUUUAAUUCUGCAUUCGAUGGUGAGAAUCUAUGACAACAGUUGUCGAACAAAACCAUUGUCCUCAUUAUAACAAUAGCUAUAAUUCCAAUAAAAAUUAUAGUUACUCUGA